CCUCAAUGAGCGCGCACGCAGAGCUGCGAUUGGCUGUCCAUUCAGCCCCGCGCGCGGAGCUACAAAACACAGCGCGCCCUCCCUCAUCCCUCCGCCCCCCGCGCGACUCUCAGCAGAUCAGCUCCUCGCGGACCAGUACAGACCAGCAGAUCUCCACUGAUACACCAGCAGCGCGCGGGUCUCUGACUGACUGCAGCUCGCGCUCAUGUGAUGCGCUCUGUGCGCACUUUGGAGCCCCCACUCUAGACACGCUAGAGAUAAAGCCCUGCAGAAGAGCUGAGGAGAGAGGGAUAAGGAGUGAAGAAGUGAAGGAGUGAAGGAAGAAAGGAGAGAAAGAAGGAGGGAAGCAUGGAUGUGUUCGGGCGUCUGCUCGUGCUGCUGCUGGGCUGGAGCUGCCUGGGCUGUGGAUUGUGCGCCAUGCUGAAAGACCACCUGGCCGGACUGGCCGCGGACGCGGAGGUGGCUCGCUCGCGGAAGACUGCACAGGACACGCUGUCCGAGCACAUGCAGAUGCUUUACGACAAAUACAACAGCGCAGGAUUCCACCUGAAGGAUGGGAAUACAGUGCGCAGCUUCAAAUCCCAGCUUGGUACCAUCAACAACAAGCAGCUUCAGAUCUUCAACCUGACUUCCCUGGCCAAGUCGGAGGAUGUUGUCUCAGCCACCCUGCAUUACUACAUUGGGGACCUCCAGAACAGCAGUCGCAGCUGCACAAGGCCCAAAAACUGUCGCCACGGCCCCAGGCGACAAUCCCACAUUCACCUGAGAAUCUGGAGCGUCUCGUCUACCAACAACAGCAUGAGGACUCUUGGCCACAUCCUCGUUAAUGUGUCCUCAGUCUUCCGGGACCUUAUAUCUUGGCAGUGGAAAGACAUCACCAGAGUGGUCAACCAAGCCAAGCAUCACAACGAGCUUCUCAUUGGUGUCUCAAUCGAUUCUCAAGGACAGCAACCUCGGAAGAAGCUCCUGUUGGACCACUCGCCCUACAUGUUGGUUUACGCCAACGACUCGGCCAUCUCUGAACCCGAGAGUGUGGUGACCACCCUUCAGAGGCACAAAGGAAGCCUUGUACCUGGUCUUCACAAACUCGGACUACACAACCGCAAUAGCUCUUCCCCCCACAGGACGAGACGCUCUGCCAACAUCCUUCUGCCUCUGCAGAACAACGAGCUGCCGGGCCCAGAGUACCCGUACGAGAUCCCCACCUGGGACGAGACCAGCCCGUACGACCCCAUCGAGGACAAGCCUGCCAAGAGGCCCCGCAAGAAACCUCGCAAGAAACCGGGCCACAAAAACCCGCUGCUGCAGUUCGACGAGCAGACCAUAAAGAAAGCGAGGAAGAAGCAGUGGAAUGAGCCGAGGAACUGUGCUCGCAGGUAUCUGAAGGUGGACUUCGCUGAUAUUGGAUGGAGUGAGUGGAUUAUCUCCCCCAAGUCUUUCGAUGCCUAUUACUGCUCAGGAUCCUGUCAGUUCCCAAUGCCAAAGUCUCUAAAACCUUCAAACCACGCCACCAUCCAGAGCAUUGUCCGGGCAGUAGGCGUGGUCCCCGGCAUUCCAGAGCCGUGCUGUGUUCCUGAAAAGAUGUCAUCCCUCAGCAUCCUCUUCUUCGAUGAGGACAAGAACGUGGUCCUCAAGGUCUACCCCAACAUGACAGUGGACUCCUGCGCUUGCCGGUAAUCCUUCGUGCCUUGUGAUGUUCCCAUCAGACUCUUUCCCUGACGCCUUAUCUGAUCCCUAUUUUGCACUGGAGAGAGACUACAGCCCUGUAGCUACCUGGAGAAGAUUUAUUCUAUCACCAAACUUCGAGGAAGUUUUGGAAGCAGAGUUUUGGAAACUGCUCGUAUUUCCUCGUUUAUCAAGAAUUUUGUGAACACACCCCAUUGACCCAUGACCCCAGUGAACGAGGAGUCAUUGUAUAUGGAGACAGUGGUUAAGAUUUUUUUUAAGAGACUUCUAUUCUCCAUCGAUAAUUAUUGUCAUCGUGUUUCCAAGGACGUAGGGAUGGACUUUUUUUGCUGUCAACCAACAUGAAUUUGUACAGAUUUUCUUUUGGCGCUCAAUUCAAUGCUGUUACUUUAUUAUAAUGCCAUGUUUACUUUACAUAUUAGCCUUUUGUACUUCCUAUUAAUAAUCUUAUCUGUUGCUGCUAUUCAAAAGAGGUAUAUUUUAUUCCAAUGCCAAAAUGAGGUUGAGAGACUUUACCAUGUUUUUCCUGAUGCAGUUCAAGCAACCAACUCUUUUUGGGGCAAGAUUAUCAGACAGGGAUUAAUCCUAAUCUUGUGAAUGGAAAAUAUAGUCUACAACUAGGCUUAAUCCCUGUACUGCCUCUUUAAAUUGUACAUUUAUGAUUCAGUAAGCUAAGCUAUAGCCUUUGCUUUAAUAUGCUUUAAUCUGAGUUUAGCAUCCUGUAUAUUUGGCGUAUCUCAUUUCUGAAAGUCUUCUUUUUUCAACUUUUCAAAAGGAAACAAAUAAAAUAAAAUAUUUAUUUUUACUGAUGGAUUUUAAACAGAGUUCAUGUAUGUUAUCAUGACUGGAGCUGUAGAAUUAAUAUUACAUUUUUAUUUUUGCACAAUUAAAAAACACAAAAAGUAAAUAGCAUAAUAUACAGUCAAUCAAUGCUAUAUGGGCUAACAGAUUUGAAAAGGGGACAUAUCUCCUGUACUUUUAAUUGGCUUGUUUUUCAGAUGUUGUUGGUUGUUGUAAACAAUUAUCAUCCAAAAUACAGUGAUAUGAGAUCCUUAUUAACACUUAUUGUCAACACUUAUGAUAUCAUUGUGAAUCAUUCCACUACCAUAACAUCAUAUCACAAUACAGGGUUUAAGAUUAAUAAAUGAUAGCAAUACUAUAAACAAGACUACACACAAUUUUUUAAAUCAAAUUUUAUUACAAAUAUAACUGUCAUAGUAAAAAGCACACUAUCAUAAUUAUAAAAUUAAAGGAAACGAAAGAUAACUUUUUAUCCAAUCAGGACUGGGUUCUCCGAAAGGUUCUCUCUCUAUGUUAAGAUGUUUUUAAUGCUGAGAUGCUAUUUAUAAACUAGACACAGAACAGUGGAAUCAAACUACAACACUGCUCUCUAGUGGUCGAUUUAAAAACAACACUAAAUGAACCACUGCCACCAAUCUUUAGAUGUAAACUAAUAAUUAUAAUUAAUCACUGUGUUUUUAAAUCAAUACAAUAUUGCAAAACAAAAUAUUGCAAUAUUUUCUUGCAUCGUUUUGAACAUUUAAUUGUAUUCAUUAGAUGUUCAGAUGGUUCCCUUGGGGCUUUUUCUGAUUAUGCAGCUACAAAAGUCAACAAACCACUGUUUAAGUACAGUUAGGUACAUUAGCGAUUAGCAAUAAGAUACAGGACUUGCAUAUUAAGCCACUUUUAAUCCCUGGAAAAGAAAAUAUAUGCAUUUUACAGUAUUUGCAAAAUAAGGUGUUCCAGAUUAGAAUGAUUGUAAUUAAUGAUGUAAGCUGAAUUGGCCUUUAUAUCCUGUAGACUGAUACAACAAACACAUCUGAAAAUGUGCCUUACUUUAAUAUAUAGAUAAUAAUUAAUGUUAAUGUCUGAACAUUUAACAUUAUUAAAGGUACAGUAAUUAACCCUGAGCUAACAUACUGGCUACAAGCUAACGUGCUAGCAAUGCUAUGUUGAUACACCAUACUGAUAUGAUGGUCUAUCAGUACAUUUUUUUAACCUAUGGUGUUUCUACAAAACUAAACCAAAUACUCUUAAACAAUUUACUCUCAAUGAACCCACCAAAGCUGUACAAUACUGAACAUAUUUAUGCCUUUAUCAUAUUUGUAUAUAUUGUAUAUUGUUCAUGUGAUUUAUAUUAUAAUAAAAUGUGCUACAAAAAUAGCUUUCUAAAGUGCCAUAGGAAAUUAAUUUAGCAAAAAUAAAAUAAAAUAAAAUGAAAGCUACCAGUGCAAAUGUGCGUUCAGACAUAAGUAUUGUAUUUACAUUUCAGGAGAUGUUGCAUUGCAUUGAGUGUGAUAUGACUAUUUUAUACAUUUUUCCAAUAUUUUUUACAAAUAUUUGGUUAUAAAUGUGACUUUUUUUUCCCACAAUGUGUUGUACAAAUAUAUAUUCUGUCCUUUUUCUAUUCUUAUCAUUUCUUAUUGUAUUUACACAGAUCUAAUGCUAUACCAGUUUCUAUUGCAUGUUAAUUAAUGUGUGUUUUCUAGUGGAACAUUUUAUACACAUGCACCUAUAAGGACUAAAUAAAAGUUAAAAAAACAUAAAGUGAGCAAUAAUAUAUAUAUAUAUAUAUAUAUAUAUAUAUAUAUAUUAUAAACAUACACAUCCAAAAAAACAUAUUUAGAGCACUCCUUCAAUAUUUGUAUAAUAUAUUUUUAUAGAAGGGCUUUCUCUGUCACACUGUGUACACAAUAAUCUGUGUAAUCUGUUCUGUAAAUGAAAAUGGAGGCGAAAGGCUGUGCUUGUAUAAUAAGCUUCAUCAGAAAUUAUAUUUGUAUAUGGAAGUGACCUUUAAAAAAAUGCAUUUAUUUAUUUUCUGUAUGUUUCAUAUCUUGCUGGAGGUGUUUUGGGCAAGCAAGGCCUUAACUUUGAUUCAGGUUGGAGCCUUAAUAAACAUGAUAAUAAAGUGUUGACGUCACAUGAUCAGUGUGAGUUAAUGCAUUGAAAAACAUGCUCUUUUUGUUUCUGUAACAGACACUAUUUUGACAGACCAUCAAUAAAGCUGUAUAUGUUUA